AUGGGACGAGGACAAACACGUGACUAUGAUCAUGUGACUAUGAUCGUCCCAUUCCGCAACCUUGCGAUGUCCAUCCUGGCUCCGUCCGUCCAAUUCCGAUCGUUCAUUCCCUCCCCUUUGUACCACAAGAUGUACGCCUCCUCCGCCAUCCGUGCCCGUCUGGCCACCGCCGCUGCCCGUCGUGGCUUCUCUACCACCCGCACUCAGUUCGGUAGCCCCUACCACUACGCUGAGGGACCUCGCACCAACAUCCCCUUCAACCCCCUGACCAAGCACUUCUUCUGGCGCUACUGGGCCUUCAUGACUGUUGGUUUCGGCUCUCCCUUCGCCAUUGCCGUCUGGCAAACCUACAAGACCAAAUAA